GCACAUCAGCACAAGCAAUGAGCUUCGUCCUGAUCGCAGUACUUGUCGGUACGGCGUUGUACGGAUGCGGGCAUUGUCGGAAGGUCGGCGACACCGAUGUAAUCUACGAAUGGGUGUCGUUGGAGUACGACUGGCCGGACGAUGGAGGUCGAACUCGUUCCAGGUACGAGGCGCAUGGCCUGUACGUGCCGCAUAACAACGCUUUGGCCGGUAUCAAAAUUUACAAAGGAACGACGUACGUAACGGUGCCCCGCUGGAAGCACGGCGUGCCGUCAACUCUCAACAAGGUAGUACAUACGGGACAUCGUCCCCUUCUUCAACCGUUUCCGAGCUGGGAGAUGCAAGAGCUCGGCAACUGCGACAGUCUACAGUACGUUCAGAGUAUGGAGAUCGAUGCCAAAUGUGGAUGGAUGUGGAUCAUCGACGCUGGUCGAGUUAACCUUCUCGAGUCCCCGGAUGUAACCGGUUUAAGACCCCUCAACUUGUGUCCGCCCAAGCUCGUCAUCUACGACCUCAAUAGAGAUGAGAUUGUGCGCAUUCACGUGUUUACCGAUGCGGUAGCCUCAUACAAUGAAAGCUUUCUGAACGACAUCGUCGUCGACCGGGUCCAUCGUUUUGCUUACAUAUCCGAUGCACAGGGCAGCAAAGGCCGAGGAGGAAUUAUCUCCUACAGUUUUGAUGAUGACAAAUCGAGGCUGUUCUGGGGACCGAGCACCGAAGCGGAACCAGAUGCUUACAAUAUUGAUAUUAAUAAUCUAACAUACACAUUUAAGACGCCUUCGGAUGGCAUCGCUCUAAACCAGGAUGGAACAAUGCUCUACUAUUGUGCAUUGAGUGGUUACACACUAUACGGCGUCAGUACCGAGCUGCUUCGAAACCUUGACCUUCCGAUGUCAUAUAUUCGAGGUCGUGUCCAACGAGUCGGCAUGAAGGUAUCUCAGUCUGAUGGUCUCGUCUUUAGUAGCAAACGAAAACUAUUUUUUGGUGUCGAAUCCGAGGAUGCUGUUUAUCAUUGGGACAAGAAGCGCAAUGCUCAUGAUUUUUCACCCGCAACGGAGGAACUGUUAGUCUCUAACAGCACAACUAUGGAAUGGGUGGACACGUUUGCGUUCGACGAAGAAGGCUACCUAUGGUUUACGUCCAAUCGGCUUGAUAAAUUCCUUUCCGGUGAGAUGCAGUUUUCAAAUCCGUUGAAUUCGAAUUUCCGAGUGAUCAGAGUGUUUGUCAACGACUCAUCGUACCUUAACAGUGCCAUAUCAAAUUUUGCUCAGUGUCCGAGAAUAGAAGCUAGUCCAACGGACACAGUAGAACAGGCAACACCAGCAACACUGCCAGCACACACACCAGCACCACCAGUACCAUUUACAUCCAAAAUUAUGUAUGAGUGGCCUUACCUUGAGUUCAAUUGGCCAAACGAGGCAGUAGAAAGCCUAAGCAAAGCUCGUGGCAACUACAUUCAGCCAAACAACAUCCCGAUGCAUGUUGCAAUCAUUGGAAAUACGACAUUCAUUACUGUUCCAAGGUUGAAACCGGGAGUUCCUUCCACCCUUAAUCGACUGAUUAUGUCGUCAUCGGGAAAACAUGUACUCGAUCCGUAUCCAAGCUGGGACAUGCAGAAACUUGGGAACUGUACGGCUCUGCAGUCCAUUGAAGGGAUAGAGAUUGAUGUACAAUGUAAUCAGAUGUGGGUGAUUGAUUCGGGUCGUGCAGGUUAUCUUCACCACUACAGCAACGGCUCUGGCGAGGUGCGUGUAUUGCCUGUCUGUCCACCCAAGGUGACCAUCUUCAACCUUACCGACGGCACAAUAAUCAAACAAUACAAAUUCGCUCCGUCGACUGUUUCAUCGCAGAGUCAGCUUUGUAAUGUCGUCUUAGACAAAUCACGGCAGGUUGCUUACAUUGCGAACCAAGGGAUGAACAACAAUGGUUCCAUUGGUGGACUAGUUGUCUUUGAUCUUAAGAACAACCGAGCGAGACAAGUGCCCACUCCUUUGGCAAGCUCAUCACCCAAAAUACAAGUCGAUGAUAUGGUAUAUAACCUGUCCGUGCCAAUGGGGACCCAUGCACUGGCACUCUUACCCGACGCGUCACAGGUUUUCUUCUCUCACUUCGGAAGCCAAUAUAUGUAUUCUAUAAACACCGAGGGCCUACUAGACUUCAGUGUGUCGGAUAUGUACGUAUCAUCAACUAUUAUCACUGUCGGACAGAUGAAAUCUCCGUCUGCCACGAUGAUAUUUGGUAAUAGUUGGAAGCUGUACUACAGUGAGCAGUCGACGGGUUCUGUGUAUGGUGUUGACUAUUCGAAUUCUCAAGGAGGCAUGUCCUUAUCUAGUCCGACUCUCUUGACCAGACAUAACAUACCAAUGGAAUGGCCAGAAAGCCUAACAUUCAGCAACGAUGGUAAACUUAUGCUAGUCACGAACAAAUUCCACAGUUUUGUCACCAGUGAUAUUGCCUGCCACCUGCUUUCUAAAGGAGAGAACAACUUUUACGUAUGGAAAAUUGAUAUCAACCCAGACGCGUCAUACCUUACCAGCCCAGUCAGUCGACAAUCUACCUGUCCAAUUAUUGUGGUUGAGGACAAGAGCGCACUGGCUCAGAAAGCAGUGACCAUCUUCACUGUCGUCAUCGCUUGUGUUUUGGCUGUAGCCAUUGCUGUGUUUCUGGCAUUGAUGAUUGGAGCACUUAACUCGACGUGGAACCGGUCAAAGAAACAGGAGCGCGAUGCUAAGGAGAAGCUGAUAAAUGAUGAGGAAGACAACGGGCUGUAAGAACUAGGGCAUCAUACUAUUAUAUCAGUACUCAUCGAUGCUGUAACUUCUCAUAUUGAUUUGUACACUUACCCGUUUGUAUGCCAUUUCUUAGCAUUUUAUAUUGAUAUAAAUAGAUUAUCUGAUACA